UAGCUAUAACAUAGCCAAGUUGGCAACAGUGCCCUAAGUAGACCGCGUCGGUCGGUCGCAUCGCAGUGUAAAUAAAUUUGGUGUAUGGGUCGCAUUUAAUUAGAUAAUACGGAAAGUGCGGCGGCUGACUAGUGCUCCAGCUGAUAUUCGCCAACAUCGUGGUUCGUUCCUCAUACGUGACGUAUAAAGUCGGUGAUUGGCAGCGGGUGCGGUAGGAGCAGCGGCAGCGGAAGAAGAGAGACACCAAAACAAAAGCAGAAACGGAAUCCGAAUCGAGUAAAAAAAAAACAAGAAACCCUCUACCUCCACCAAAUAUCUCAAGAGGGUGGCGAUAAAACACGACGCCACAACAAUAACAACAGCAAAAAAAAAUAUACAAAAAAAAAACGGCUAGAGAGCAACAUAAUCUUGAGGGGAACAGUCGACAACCGGAAUAAACCGGACAAAGGAAACCAAAAUUCCCAACUCCAUCCGCUCCGCAUACUUUCGUCAGGCCGAUGCUGUCCUUGAUUGCUCCAACGACGCCUGGAAUACGGAUAUGGAUAAGCGCAAUAAUUCCGGAUCCGGCUGCUACGACUACAGCAGCACGGUCGUAGCGGCUGCUCCAACAACAACAACAACAAAGCACUAUGCACACGCCCAGAGGCAAAACAACAACAAGCCAAAGCAACAGCAGCAACUUAUCAAUACAACAACAACAGCAGCAGCAACAGCUCGAGGCAAUUCCAGUCCCAAGUUGGCAGCCACAUUUCAAGGCAUGAGUGUCAGUGUGGUUCAGAGCGCCAGCAGCGGCGUUCACUCCUGGCCAAUAGCGCGUCAGGACGAGAAGUCGAUGUCGAUCCAGACGACGACAACAACAACAACUGCAGCUGCAGCUGUAUUUUCAUCUGCUCGGAGCAAGCAAGUUCCAAUGAUGAUGCUGCACAAGCAGCACAAUAACAACAACAAUGCUGUAAAUCUCCAAAAACCGCCGGCGGCCAUAGGACAACAACAACAACAUGCUGUGAUGAGCGCGGGCAUCAGGACGAAGCCGCGUAAUAAAAGCGAAGAGGCCAUUAGUGAUCUGCUGCACCGCAUACCCGACAUUGGGCACAUAUUCGAUGUGCACAGCCGUAUUGGCAAUGGCACCUUCAGCACCGUCCUGUUGGCGACGCUUAAACGGGAGUCUCAUCUGCCGGACAAUAUGCGUCGCAAGUUUGCGAUCAAGCAUCACAUACCCACAAGUCAUCCGGAUCGUAUUAUGAAGGAGUUGCAAUGCAUGACCGAUAUGGGAGGCACGGAUAAUGUGGUGGGAAUCCAUUGUUGCCUGCGCUGCGAGGCAUCGGCGGCUUUUGUGAUGCCCUACAUGCCGCAUGACCGCUUCCAUGACUUCUAUACCAAAAUGGAUGUGCCGGAGAUCCGGAUGUAUAUGCGAAAUCUGCUCUUGGCCCUGCGACAUGUGCACAAAUUCAACAUUAUACACCGGGACGUGAAGCCAAGCAACUUUCUAUAUAAUCGCCGGCAGGGGCAGUUUCUGCUUGUGGAUUUCGGAUUGGCGCAGCAUGUGACUGUCUCACAGCAGCAGUCUGGUGUUGCUUCUGCUCCUGGUGCUGCUCUGCAGGAUUUGCGAAGGGGCAACAUUGUCAUUGGCAACAGCAAGCGUCCAAGAGAGCGGGAUUCGUUGUCCGCCGCACAGCAGCAGGCAGGAGCGGCAGGAGCAGCAACAGCAGCUGCCAGCCAAGCAGCCAGCCUAAGAGAAACGGAUGCCACGUUGGGAGGCGCCGUUAAGCGCAUGCGUCUGAUCGAGGAAACAGCGCCAAGCAGCUGGAACAAGAUGCCCCUAAAGCCGGUCAACGAGAUAGCGCAGAGCACAAAGGCCAGUGUUGAAUUGACGACACCAGAUGAUCCCAAGCAGAGUCUAGCCGAUGCUACCGAUGCCCUUGGUCCAUCCCAUGUCCAGGCGGAGCAGCAGCAGCCGGCAAGCAGCGGCAGCAGCAGCAAGUACAACACAAAUCGAUCAGCUGGCGGGGGAAACGGGAAAUGCUUUUGCUUUGCCAAUCCCUCCGUUUGUCUCAACUGCCUGAUGAAGAAGGAGGUGCACGCCUCGCGAGCUGGCACUCCUGGCUAUCGGCCGCCGGAGGUGCUGCUCAAGUAUGCGGAUCAGACAACCGCUGUGGAUGUGUGGGCGGCGGGCGUUAUCUUCCUCUCCAUACUGUCCUCGGUGUAUCCAUUCUUCAAGGCGCCCAACGAUUUCGUUGCUCUCGCCGAGAUCGUGACCAUAUUCGGUGAUCGGGCUAUAAGGAAAACGGCCCUGGCCUUGGAGCGCAUGGUGACAAUUAGUCACAGAUCAAAGUCACUCAAUCUGCGCAAGCUGUGCCUGCGCUUCCGUCAUCGCUUAAUCUUCAGUGAUGCGCAAAUGAUUAGGAAAUAUGAAUCACCCGACGGCAGGUGCGAUGUGUGCAAGAACUGUGAUCAGUACUUUUUCAAUUGCCUGUGCGAGGAGAGCGACUAUGUGACCGAACCCCUGGAUUCCUAUGAAUGCUUUCCGGCCAGCGCAUAUGAUCUGCUUGGUCGCCUGCUUGAGAUCAAUCCCCAUAAUCGCAUCAGUGCCGAAGAAGCGCUCAAUCAUCCAUUCUUCACCGAGCAUCCAGAGAUUGCACCUGCUGCUCCUGCUGUCGUGCCGCCACGGAAAGUGCGCGCCGAGUCCGUGACGAAUACGACGACGCGCAGGCGCGCCACCAAAGCGCCAGCAGCAGGGGGAGGAGGAGGGGCAUCAGUUGGAGCCGGAGCUGGAGCUGGAACUGCAGCUGCUGGCAAACAGCAGACGAUGGCAAACGGCGAGCAGUUGCAUCCAACUCUAAACAAACUGUGAAACUAGUCGAAACUACACAAUAUCCUGUAUAUAUAGACAUAUAUCUAUAUAUACAUAUAUACACCUUAGAACUUAAACUUUCACCAGUGUCGGGCUUUGUAUAUAUGUAUAUACAUAUACACACACACACACACACAUUCAUAUUCAUACCUACAUCAUCAACACUGCCCAGUCAUCAUUCAUAAUACAUAUGUCCAAAAAGUUGAGGAUACUCCAAUUGCCGCACUCAUAUGGAACACCCCUCAACUUGGAUCCAAGUCUACUCUCCUACUCCUAUAACUAAUCCCAUAAACACUUCAAUCUGUUUGUUAUUAUACUCAAAAGUCCCAAAUGCAAAUCAGAAUUUGAUUGGUUUUCGAUAUCACUAAAUGUACACCAAAUAUAUACAUACAUAAAAUUUAUAUAAUAUAUAUACAUACUAUAA